UUAGUAAUGGCUGUUUGACAGUUUUAUUCAUGCCAUCAAAUCGAACGAUAAACCAACUAUCUUUUCCCUAACUAUUAUUUCAUUUUAGUGUUAACUAAGUUAUAGUGAAGUAAAAUUCUAUUUUGAACAUUGUUUUCAUAUAAUGAAUAUAACAGCGUCCUACUCCUCAGAACCUUCAUGGAGCAGGCGGUCUUCAACAGAAACAAUCUUCAGCAUACAAGGAAAAGAAACAGAUUUUGUCCGCGACACGAGCGACACAGACUUCGUCAGCGAGGUCGAAUAUGAACCCAUCACGGACACGGAGGACGACGGACUGAACUCUAGAAACUCUUCUUGCCAGAGUGACGAUGACAUCAUAAUGACCAAGGUGCUAGAGGUGUCAGUUGGUGACGAUGGGGAAUUGCAGUUGGCUGACUCUGAGCAGACGGUAACGGACGACAAUGAUUCGGAGAUAGAUCUACACGACUACUGGCUGUGUGUGCAGUGCAAGAGCGAAAACAAUAACCCCCGGUAUCGAUACUGCGAGCAAUGCUUUAAGGUACGUAGAGAUUUCUUCCCGCCGAGACCGAAGCGAAAAAACCGCCGUAAGAACCGCUUAGAGACAGAUAUUCUGCGUCCGCAAUCCUCAAACUCAGAUAUAAACGCUGAAAACGUUCCGGAAUCACAGACCAAAAGCGUUACACUUUCGCAAGUAGAUCCGACAAAUGUUCCGGAACCUUUUCCAUGUAGUUCGCAAGAUUCCGGCUUCGAGUCGGUUAUCAACAGCCAAGACUUGAGCCAAGACGUCAAAAUUGAUAAUUUAAAUGCAAUACUAGGUAGGAAUUUAAAACGACGCGCGGCAUCGGCCGAUCGGAACCUUAAAAGGUUUAAAGACAGUACAGAUUUCGGAUCGGUAGUUGAUGAAGAUGACGUCAAGCCUCUUAAUAAAACGACUAGUGAUCCAGAUGUAAAAAUAGAAAGCAUGAAUGCGCCACAAAAUCGUCAUUCGUCGACGAAUAUGGCUAUUGCUAGUAGUGAUAUGAAUGAUAUGUGUAUAACUUGCUGUUCAGCCCCUAAAUCCGGAGUGUUUGUUCACGGGCGGAUAGCGCACAUAUGCUGUUGUUUUAAAUGCGCGGUCAAGGUUUGGAACAACGCCAAAAGGUGUCCGGUUUGCAAUUGUAAAGUUAGUAAUGUUUUAAGGGCUGUUGUUAUGUAACGAAAGCUAGGAAAAGGUUCAAAUUAUAUCUGUGGUAGUUCUUUGCGAAAUAUUUUUCAAUAACCCUUUUGCCUGAUUCGAAAAGUGGUAUUUAACUAUAGUACAUAGGUUUUAUUUCUAGCCAUAGCUUUUCAUAACAUUAAUAACAGAUCACUUGACAUGUCUUCUGCGUCAAUUAAUAAAAAAAACGUUGGUUGACCACGUCUAUGAUUCACUUUUUAACACAUGUCAUUUGUCACUUAUCAUCUCACAAUUUGCUUUCAUAAGUAAAUAGAUAAGCAAAUUCUUCGUUUUCCCUAGUUGCGAACAAAUGUGAUUUUUUUAUCGGCAGUGAAAAGCACCUUUCUUAAUGAAGCAUCUGCUGCUCAGGGAGCGUUGAAGUAUUACGUCACGCAAUUUUUGGAGAUUAUUGACCUUCCCCCCCCCCAUGUAACGCACCGUAACGUUUUUCUGGACCCAAGUACAGUACUGUAUCCAAGUAUAGUAAAAC